AUGGUCGAGUUCUUAGCGACGUUCGGCGCUGCCGCCAAGGAGCUCUUCGACUACAACCGUGAGAUGUACGAGUUUGAUCAGGCUCCUUUGUGCUUGCAGCGGCAUUUUAGUUACAAAGAGCCUCAGAGCCACGUCUCCCAUGCGAGGCAUCCCGAAGAGUUGGUAGCGGAGGAGUGGGAGGAGUGGGAGGAGUCGGAGGAGUCGGAGGAGUCGGAUGGGGAGUUCGAGGAGCCGGAGUUGCCGACAUUUGCGGAGAGGAAGUGGUCGGCUCCCCCACAGACCUGGCCGAACGAGGCGGCUGCGCUCUUCGUACCUCUGGGACCCCACACUGCGGCCACGCGCUUCGUGGGGGAGGCGCCGGUGGCCUCCUGGUUCCCGGCCACGCUGUACAACGUGCUCUGCGAACUGCCUGUGAACGAGUUCGAUCUGCAGGCUUGGCUCUACCCCAAGGGUUCCCAUCUCUUCACGGCCCGGCAGCUGCAGAGACUGCUUGAGGCGACUGGUGUAACAUGCCUGGGCCGGGUGCUGGAUGUGGGAGCAGGCGACGGCUGCCACACUGCGGUGCUUCGUGCGGUCAGCCAGAGUGUGGUGGCCGCUGAGACCUCCCGCGGCAUGGCCUGGCAUCUGGAGCGGGAGGGUUACGAGGUGUGGUGCGAGGACGUUUCUGAAACCUUCGCUGAGCGAGCAGCGGACUUGGCACGCAGAAAGCUCCCUCUCUUCUCGCUGGUGUCGGUUCUGAACGUGCUGGACCGGUGCGCCGCCCCUCGAAAACUGUGCUCAGCUGCGGCUGCACUGCUGGAGCCUGGCGGUUUCUUGCUUUUAGCCAGCCCCCUCCCUUUUUCCGCUUCGUAUUACGGCCCCGAGACUGGCUGGAACGGGCAGCCCCUCGCGGGUCUCGAGGACUUGGGCUUUGGCAAGGAAGGUGAGGACGCCUGGGCCAGGGAUGGGCUCACGAUGAUCCAGGACUUCCUCCCCAGCUGCGGGUUCCAGGUGGAAGCAGUGAGUAGAUUGCCUUACCUAUCGGGCGGUGACGUUCUGGAUGGUGGCUGUAUUGAGUUGGAUGACAUUCUUGUGCUGGCACGCAAGACAUAG